AUGAUGCGUGGUACUAGGGGAGCUCUGGCGGUGACAGUCGCCGCACUGCUUGUUUGCUGCAGCGCUGAUUCACAUCAAGAAUCAGAAAAUGCUAAUGAACAUACGGUGGAGCGCUAUGAUCCCGGCUCUAGUGAUAUUAAACAUAAAGAAGAUUUUCAAGAUUACUUAAGGUUCCUAUUGACAUAUUACAAUGAUUUUAAGGAACACAAUCUUGAUGGAAGUAGUGACAUAAUUGAUAGUAAUGGUUUCGCCGGCAGAAAUGUUGUUGGGAAUGAUUUUUCUAACAUGAACCAGGUUAAAAACUUUUACGACAACACGGCGAAUAGACAUUGGGGUAAUCGUAUCCCCUCGAAGUUUGGGAGAAGUAAUGGAGAAAGGUAUGUGAGGUUCGUUGACCCACUCGGUGGAGGCAACUUUGUUCGGCGUUCGGAUUCAGCUGGAGAUUAUUUUGCGAGCAACAUUGACUCAAAUGGAAUUUUGGUCAAGAAGAAUUUGGAUCAUAUCGGAGGACCGAAUUUAGUUAAAAGGAUAUUGGACUCCAUAGGUGGUGGUCACAAGCUCGCAGAAGUGGAUCACCCAGGAGGUAGCUUCACGAGGCAUGUGCGAGAGGCUGGACAGUACCGUUUUGUACCAUACCUAAUGACUAGGCGUUUUGACUAUGUCAGUCCAUACGGUGGUAAGCGCGAUCCUUGGGCAAUGAGCUACGGCGGAUAUUACGGGGACGGCCUUCCGAAGCGCAAUUUUGAUGAGAUUGACCGGUCGAACUUAGACACCUUCUUGCGGAAGAGGAACUUCGACGAGAUCGAUCAGACUUCGAUGCCUUUCCCGUUCGCCAAACGCUUCUAUCACCAGUACGGACUCAACUCCUUUGACUUAGAUCUGCCAAUAUCGAGUUUCGACAAAAAGAGGUACCGACCAGACUACCCAAUGGAUGAGAUUGACCUGUCACAAUUCCCCAUCGGUUCCAAGAGAUCUCAAAACACAAUGCAGCCGCAGCACUAAUACAAAUCAUUCAAAACAUGUAGAUGCAAGUAACUAGAUUUUUGGGAGUCCACAUGUCUCUCAUUUGUGUCCAUUAUUAUCGUAAAUAAUAAUUAUUUUAAUAAAAAUUAUAUUGUAGAUGUAUUUUAUUAAUAUCUUAAAGUUAUCAGUGUAUGAUAUAAUCAAAUGCUCAUCUAGCUAUUUAUUUUUAUCGUAUGAAGCGAUGUAUGACAUAAAAAUUCUUUUAAACUUAUUAUUAAUACGCAUGUAAAUUACUUAUGGGCAUUCCAUUAGAUCUCAUUAUAGUUAGGAGAGAGAGGUUUAACGUAAGUUAUUGUUAUAAAUGUUAUAUCGCUAUUAAAGAUUUUAAAAUUUUCAAACUGUACCUGUAAAUCUUUAUUUUGCGACGAGUGGCAUAAGAUCAUUUGAAUUUAGGAUUAUGAUAUAUUUUAAGAGUAUUCUUGAAAUUAUUUAACCGAGUUGUAAAAUAAAUGGCUGGAAAUAAAAAAAGAAAUACUUGAAAGUGAAUGUUUUUUUUAUUUGUGACACGAUGAAAAAAGUUUGGAGACAUUAUAAUAAUUUUUAUUUAUGAAGGUUUUUCUUUGUAAACAGGUAAACAUAUUUUAAAGGUAAGUAAUAUGCGAUGCCAAGGGCUAUUCAGCUCAAUUUAACUCGGUAAAUAGCAUUCUGUGUGUAUCAAAGGUUGAAAUUAUCUUGUGAUGGGAUGAUAAUAAAUUGCCCGAAUGGAAGCUUUAAAAUUCAGAAAUAUUUGAAAUUUUCUCUCAAAUGUUAUUUAUCAUUAUUGCAUUUACAAUUCUAUGUUGUUAAAAAUACCUUUAAGAAAUAUUCAACAUAGUACUAUAUAAUGGUGUAAUUUUGAAACUUAUCGCAAACCCUUUCAGUUUGACAUUUUAAAGGUAAUCACGAACUUUAAGCUAUUCACGAGCUAUACAACUAUUGUCAUUGCAAUCGCAUCAAGAUAUUGAAUGAAUGAUAUCGUUAAUUUGAUGUUAAUUGGAAGUGUUUAAGCAAAGCUAUAGACGUGAAUAUCUAUGAAAGCUAUCUUUCGACUGGAUUAUCAAAAUUUUUAGUAUGUUUAUAUAAUUUUUUCGAUAAUUGAUAUUCAUUCGUUCCAAAAGACUUUAAUCGUUAAUUUAUUUCAUAAAUACCAAUUGGUAUACUUAUGAAAGGGAUUGCAAUAGAUUUUAAAAUUUGACAAUUACCCCACAGCAUCCCUUCUAUGGUAAUUUCUUUAAGGUAUUUCAAUAUAUAUUGUGAUGUGACGUUAAGAUCUAAAAAUAGAGAUAAAAAGUAGGUGUCGCCUUAUGAGGCCAU